AUGUCCCCUCUCACCCCUACUUCCUCACAGGAGAUCAUCCUUCUCUCCCCUCCUCAGGCUUCUUCAUCCACCCUGACCGCCACCGCCCUUCCUAAACCUGUAGCAUUUCAACCUUCCCCUGAGCUCAAAACGAAGAUUGUCAGGCAUAUCAAAGAUGACAAGAGUCUACCUCUCAAACCGGAGAAAAGGAGUAGAAUGAUAUCUGAUGAUCGUGAGAGGGAGGCCAAGAUGGCUCGAAGUCGUCAGACUGAGAGGAUGAUGACCACCUUGGGAAAAAGUAACAACCCCAUAACCAACUCUGAUCUUUAUUCCAGAACGGAUCAUUUCGUUUCUUGUGCUACUGGACACCAACAGAGUAAUAGAGGAGGUGGGAGUGCAGGAGCUGCGACGUAUUGGGAAGUCCGGAAUGCUAAAAUGGCCGAGCAAGUGAGGGAAAAGAAAACUUCCAUACUUGCCGGUUGUGUGAUGUAUAUCAAUGGCUCUACAGGACCUAAAGUCUCCAAUCUUCAAUUACAACAUCUGAUCACACAAAAUGGAGGUCGAUUCGUACCUCUACAAUCAUCAUCCUGUACCCAUAUCAUCGCUGGUAAUCUAUCCGGCACUAAAGCUCAAAAACAUAUCAAUGGACAAGGAGGUCGUGGUGCCUCCAGAAGGGCGAAAGUCGUUCGUGUCGAUUGGGUAUUGGACAGUAUUGAUAAAGGUACGAAAGUGUCCGAAGCUGGUUAUAGUGUGAUACAUGAUCCUUCACAAACGAAUCUGUUCAACGCAUUUGGAACUCGACCCAAAGCUGAGAAAAUGGAUACAUAG